AUGACUGCCCCGAACCCUGGUGACCCAGCUCAACAUAAUACCGCCGCCGGGAACACAACAAAUCCCAGUCCCAGUAGCUUCGAGCACAACAUGAUGGAAAACCUGGUCAUGCUGACAGAGAGACUCUCCAUGGAACAAGGACAAGGACAAGGAGAACAGUCAGGGCAAGGGUCAGGGGCACAACAACAACCACAAACACCACUACAACAAUCAAAGCAACAACUAAAAAUUGAAGCAGCAGCGCUGGCUGCAAGAAUUUUGAUGGCUCUUCGCCAGAUACACCUUAGAGCAUGGAGUGAAGAGUCUGGUCUGAGACCGGAAGAGAUUUACAGAGAGCACGAGGCCAGGGCAUGCACGAUUUGUGGCGUGAAGUCUGUGAGAGUGGUGGAGGAUGAGCUGGGCUGGAAGAUGGUGGUCGAGAUUGGGGAGUUGCGGAGGCUUGGGGAGUUUCCAGAGUUUAGGGGGUGCGAUGGGAGUCUGGCGAUAGAAACCCCUGAGGCAAUCCCCGCAAGAUUUCCUGGACAGCUGCUCGAACCCUCCAUUCAGGCAGAAUUAGCAGCUAUAAGGCCGGGACCAUCUGACAGAAGCAAGGGCUUCUUCGACCAAUCUCGCCCUCAGCGAGAAUCAGUUGGACAGUUGCACAAAAAGCCCGGCUUAACUUCAGGUGGAGGAGUUUGUGGUGGAUGUCCGCAAGAACUGAAGGAGUUGCAUCUGGGUGAGGAUUGGGAAUUGAGAGGUGCAGCGGAGGAGGAAUUGGGUAGCUCCUGUUCAGUCAAAGGCGGAGUUUAA